GCAUCUUCUCUCACUAAAAAAAUCCCUAGAGAGAGAAACAAGUCCUCAAAACGGACCUCUCGCUUAUCUAUCGUCUUUCUCUUCAAUUUCUUCAACAAUCUUCUUUGAUCCGAUUCUAAGAUUUUGAGGGAAACUAUGUCGUCUUUGAGUAGGGAGCUUGUUUUUCUUAUUCUUCAGUUUUUGGAGGAAGAGAAAUUCAAAGAUACUGUUCAUAGGCUGGAGCAAGAGUCAGGCUAUUACUUCAAUCUGAGAUAUUUCGAGGAAUUGGUGAUAAAUGGGGCGUGGGAUGAUGUUGAGGCUUAUUUGUCUGGUUUUACAAAGGUCGAGGAUAACAGAUACUCCAUGAAAAUCUUUUUUGAGAUUCGGAAACAGAAGUACUUGGAAGCUCUUGACAAGAAAGAUCGCGCUAAAGCUGUGGAUAUUUUAGUGAAGGACUUGAAAGCUUUUUCAUCAUUUAAUGAAGAUCUCUUUAAAGAAAUAACUCAGCUUUUAAUCCUGGAGAAUUUUAGAGAUAAUGAACAACUUUCUAAGUAUGGGGAUACCAAGUCUGCUAGGACUGUAAUGCUUGUUGAACUAAAAAAGUUGAUUGAAGCUAACCCCUUGUUUCGGGAUAAGCUUGUUUUUCCUGGUCUGAAGAACUCAAGGCUGAGGACACUGAUAAACCAAAGUUUGAAUUGGCAGCACCAACUUUGCAAGAAUCCAAAGCCCAACCCUGAUAUAAAGACAUUGUUUACAGACCAUUCUUGUGCACACUCACAGCCAAAUGGUGCUCGUACUCCAUCCCCUACUACUAAUCAACUAAUGGCUACUAAUCAACUUAUGAAUACUAUUCCUAAAGCUGGGGUUUUUCCUCCUCUAGGUGUACAUGGAUCGUUUCCAGUAGCACCUGCUCCUAUGCCACCCUCUCUAGGUGGAUGGAUGGCUAAUCCUUCUGCUAUUCCCCACCCUUCAUUGUCAGUAGGGCCAAUUGGGUUUAGUGCACACAAUAAUGCAGCAGCAAUUCUUAAACGCCCAAGGACUCCUCCAACAAGUAGUACAGCUUUAGAUUAUCAGACAGCAGAUUCUGAACAUGUUUUGAAGAGAACAAGAACUUUCGGAAUGUCAGACGAAGUCAGUAACAUUCAUGUCAAUAUCCUCCCUGUUGGGUAUACUCCGCAGUGCCAUGGCCAGAGCUCAUAUGCAUCUGAUGAAUUGCCGAAAGCUGUUGUCAUGACUCUUAAUCCGGGUUCAGCUGUGAAGACCAUGGAUUUCCACCCAGUUCAACAAACUCUUCUUCUUGUCGGAACCAACACGGGGGAGAUUAUGUUAUGGGAGUUGGGCAAUCGUGAGAGGCUUGCUGUCCGUAACUUCAAGGUCUGGGAACUUGGUUCAUGUUCUGUGUCAUUGCAGGCAUCUCUAGCUAGUGAUUACACUGCAUCAGUCAACCGUGUGAUUUGGAGUCCUGAUGGUUCCUUAAUGUGUGUUGCAUACUCUAAGCACCUUGUUCAUGUAUAUUCAUAUCAUGGCGGUGAUGAUCUACGCAAUCACUUAGAGAUUGAUGCUCAUGCUGGAUCUGUCAAUGAUAUUGCUUUCUCUUAUCCCAAUAAACCACUCUCAAUUGUCACAUGUGGCGAGGACAGGCUUAUCAAGGUCUGGGAUGUUAUUACAGGAGCCAGGCAAUACAUCUUUGAGGGUCAUGAAGCACCUGUAUAUUCUGUAUGCCCACACCAAAAGGAAAACAUUCAGUUUAUUUUUUCAACUGCAACUGAUGGGAAAAUAAAGGCAUGGCUGUAUGAUAACGUGGGAUCUAGAGUUGAUUAUGAUGCACCUGGUCACUGCUCCACUACGAUGACAUACAGUGUUAAUGGAUUAAGGUUGUUUUCAUGUGGAACCAAUAAAGAAGGUGUCUCAUACCUUGUUGAGUGGAAUGAAGGUGAAGGAGCUGUUAAACGCACUUAUCAGGGUCUUGGGAAGAGAUCCGUUGGUGUUGUCCAAUUUGACAAUACAAAGAAUAAGUUCUUAGCUGUUGGGGAUGAGUUUAUGGUGAAGUUUUGGGACAUGGACAAUGUUAACAUAUUAACAACAACAGAUGCAGAUGGUGGACUGCCGGCAUCUCCUUGUGUACGAUUCAACAAGGAAGGGACAUUGUUGGCAGUUUCAGCAAAUGAAAAUUGCAUUAAAGUUUUAGCAAAUUCAGACGGAAUAAGGUUACUGCGUACACUUGAAAGUAGAUCAUUUGACGCUAAAGUUGGCCCUUCAGCUGUUGUGAAGUUGCAAGCUCCCACAAUGGGGACAUUUGGAGGCGCUAGUGUACCAGUUGGACCAAGCGUGAUAGAUCGUGCUGUUCCAAUAGGAUCUAUUGUGGUAAUGAGUGGGGAAAAUAGAAGCUUGCCAGAUGUAAAACCUAGAAUCACUGAUGAGUCAGCAGACAAAUCUAGGAUUUGGAAAUUGACAGAAAUCAAUGAGUCAUCUCAGUGCCGAUCCUUGAGGUUGCCUGAUAGUUUGACAGCAUCUAAGGUUUCCAGGUUGACGUAUACAAAUUCUGGACUUUCCAUAUUGUCUUUAUCAACUAAUGCAGUGCACAAGCUUUGGAAAUGGCAAAGAAAUGAAAGGAACUUGACCGGCAAGGCAACUGCUAAUUUCGCCCCCCAUAUCUGGCAACCUAACAGUGGAAUCCUGAUGACAAAUGAUAUUAGCGGCAUAAACCCCGAAGAAAAUGCUUCUUGCUUUGCACUUUCAAAGAAUGACUCGUAUAUUCUGUCAGCUUCAGGAGGGAAAAUAUCACUGUUCAAUAUGAUGACUUUCAAGACAAUGACAACUUUCAUGUCCCCUCCACCAUCAGCAUCUGCUCUUUCCUUUCAUCCUGAAGACAACAAUAUCAUUGCAAUAGGGAUGGAAGAUUCUUCUAUCCAGAUAUAUAAUGUCCGUGUUGAUGAGGCAAAAACCAACCUCAAAGGCCACCAGAAAAGAGUAACUGGCCUUGCAUUCUCUAAUGCUCUGAAUGUGUUGGUGUCUUCUGGUGCUGAUUCUCAGCUUUGCGUUUGGAGCAUGGAGAGAUGGGAGAAGCAGACAAGUAAGUUCUUGCAGGUCCCAGCGGGGCGUACACUAGCUCCCAUUUCAGAUACGAGAGUACAGUUUCACCAAGAUCAAAUCCACCUACUAGUUGUUCAUGAAACCCAGAUAGCCAUAUAUGAAGCUCCUAAGCUCGAAUGCCUUAAGCAGUGGUUUCCUCGAGAAACAAGUGGUCCAAUCACACAUGCUGCAUAUUCCUGCGAUAGUUUAUCCAUAUACGUCAGUUUUGAAGAUGGGAGUAUCGGUGUUUUAACUUCCUCCACACUACGACUAAGAUGCCGAAUUAAUUCACCAGCUUAUCUACCUCCCAACCCAAGCUUGAGGGUAUAUCCAGUUGUGAUUGCGGUUCAUCCAACAGAGGCAAACCAAUUUGCAUUGGGACUUAGCGACGGUGGAGUGUAUGUUAUUGAGCCGUUGGAAUCAGAAGGAAGAUGGGGGAUUUGCCCACCAAAUGAAAAUGGUAGUGCUGCUGGCCCAAGCAAUAAUAAUCCUCAAACCGGCGCUGUCAAUACAGAUCAGAACCAAAGAAAAACAAGGAAUACAAGGUAAGUUGAGAAUUUACAAACAAGUUAAAUAAGUUAGAUGUAAAUAAGUUGAGAACAAUUAUGCAAGCUCCUUUUUUCUUUUACUUGUUUUUGUUAGAUGCAAAACUAUAGCCUGGA